ACGCGCCGGCGGCUGGCGCAGCCCUUCGCUAGCCCGGCCUCCCCCUCCCUGGUUCCGCGCUCUGGUUCCGCCAUGGAAUCCAACAAGGAUGAAGCCGAGCGCUGUAUUAGCAUCGCCCUCAAGGCCAUCCAGAGCAACCAGCCCGACCGGGCACUCCGUUUCUUGGAGAAGGCGCAGCGGCUAUACCCGACGCCGCGGAUUCGCGCUCUGAUCGAGUCCCUCAACCAGAAACCACAGCCCACUGGUGACCAACCCCAACCCACAGACAAGACCCAUGCGACCCACAGGAAAGCAAGUGGGGCCGACGCCCCGUCGGCCAAUGGGGAAGCUGGAGGUGGAGAGAGCACCAAAGGCUACACUGCAGAACAAGUAGCAGCCGUGAAAAGGGUCAAGCAGUGUAAAGAUUACUACGAGAUCCUGGGGGUGAGCAGAGGGGCCUCAGAUGAGGACCUGAAGAAGGCCUACCGCAAACUGGCCCUCAAAUUCCACCCAGACAAGAACCAUGCGCCUGGUGCCACUGAAGCUUUCAAAGCCAUUGGCACAGCCUAUGCGGUCCUCAGCAACCCUGAGAAAAGGAAGCAGUAUGACCAGUUUGGUGAUGACAAGAGCCAGGCAGCCCGGCACGGCCAUGGACAUGGGGACUUCCAUCGUGGUUUUGAGGCUGACAUCUCCCCUGAAGACCUCUUCAACAUGUUCUUUGGUGGUGGCUUCCCUUCUAGUAAUGUCCACGUCUACAGCAACGGCCGCAUGCGCUAUGCCUACCAGCAAAGGCAGGACCGCAGGGAGAACCAGGGUGACGGCGGGCUGGGGGUAUUUGUCCAACUGAUGCCCAUCCUCAUCCUGAUCCUCGUGUCAGCUCUCAGCCAGCUUAUGGUUUCCAGUCCACCCUACAGUCUGAGCCCAAGGCCGUCAGUGGGCCAUGUCCACAGGCGAGUCACUGACCACCUGAACGUCAUCUACUACGUGGCAGACACCUUCUCUGAGGAGUACACAGGCUCCAGCCUCAAAGCUGUUGAACGGAACGUGGAAGAUGAUUAUAUCGCCAACCUCCGAAACAACUGCUGGAAGGAGAAACAGCAGAAGGAAGGCUUGCUAUACCGGGCCCGCUACUUCGGAGACACAGAUAUGUACCACAAAGCACAGAAGAUGGGCACCCCGAGCUGUAGCCGACUGUCAGAGGUGCAGGCCUCCCUGCAUGGAUAGUCCUGGGCCAGCCACGCCACCAAGGUCCAAACUAUGAAAUCCUUGGAGAAUUUUUGGUGACAUGCACUGAGCCAAGGUGAUGGACUGUAUAUUUAAAGAAAGACAUAAAAAGCAAAAAAAACAUUAAAGUGGAAUUGGAGGCCGAACACCGCACAACUGCCCUGUCUCUCACCCAGUAAAUGCAGACGGCUCUUAGGACAGACAGGAAGGCCUGCCACGGGCCGCUUCCUUUCCUCCUAGGGCUGGCAAGGCCCCAGCUCCACAGCGCUCUCUCCUAGGAUACAGAAACCAUGGCAACGAAAGUAGAAUGUAAAACUUGUGCAGCAAAUGUCUGUGGGAAGGGCUGGGGGAGGGGGCGGCCACUGCCUUUCUUCUCCCUCCCAGGAGCCACUGUCACCUCUCAGUAGAAGCCAGUUUGAGAUGUUGGCCAAGGAUAGAAAGGAGGAAAGAAACCUUUCCUUGGAAUGUAAUUUAUAGAUGCAUGUAUGUGUAUAUAUAUCUAUUUAUAUGUAAAUAGGCAUAUAUAAAGAUAUAUAUAUAUAGUCUACUUUUCAAACUAUGCAGGGAUUUGGU